AUGAGGAUCCUUGCGGGCAUCGUAGCGGCAGCUCUGCCAGGGCUUGCCGUUGGAGCAACCCAGCAGCGGGCCGACGUGUUCGUCUUCCAGAACAAGCAGCAGAGCGCCUCGCCCGAGAGACACUCGCUACCCAAGGAAGUCGCACGCCACAUCCUCUUGCAGAGGACAUCGCGACACCGCUAUGGCAGCGACUUGCGCGAUAUCCCCAGCUCCUUCGACUCCGAGACAGUCGUCGAGUACAUCGCAACGUACGGCCGAAACCCAACACCGCUGUUUGUGGAACCAGAUACGAUUGAGGCGGCCCAGCUUGUGGUUAUCCUCGAGGGGGUUACCCCCCAGCACACCACACAGCUAGAGAGAGCGCUCGGCGAAGAACAGCAGCAUACGGUUUUCACUAUAUCCGACCCUCCGUCCGCGUUGGCAAACGACCGGUUGAUGACGCUCUUCAAGAAUCUGGGAAUAUCUUCUGCAUCACAGUGUGACGUCAAAUCUGUCAUCAACCCCUCCAACAUGAACUGCUGGGACGGGCCGUCCUCGGUUGUAAGAUACGACCUCGCCAAGUCUCCGGAGACGUUCCAAGUUCUUCUCGACAAUCUCUCCCGGCUGAGCAAGUUUGUUCGGGUCGGCGACCUCGAAGCAGUGCUUGUUCUGAUGCCGGAAUCGACCCGCUCGUCCAAGCUGAACGACUGGAGCGCCGCUGCAGGGCUUGCUCAGUCCGACCUGCGUCGUCGCGGCGAGUCCGAGACGGUGAUUGCCGACGAGACCGUCUCGUUUCCGACCAGUGCCCCACCCACGGCCUUGGACGAAGGAGUAGUCGACGACGAGCGCCCACGGCCCCAGAAAUUUAAGUCCGCGCCGCAGUGUUUCACCACGUUCAACAGCUGCAUGGCGGGGACCGGCAACUGUACUAGUCACGGCCAGUGCGUCAACAAAUAUGGCGAGAACUCGACAAAUGCGUGCUUCAGCUGCUCGUGCGUGCCUUCGAUCGAGGGUGGCGAGAUUUUUAAUCAGACGAUAUACUGGGGCGGCAGCAUGUGCCAAAAGAAGGACAUCAGCGUGCCGUUCUGGCUGCUCACGGGAUUUACAGUCACCAUCGUUGGCGUCGUCACCGCUGCCAUCGGGCUGCUGUUUAGUGUUGGCGAGGAGCAGCUGCCUGGCGUCAUUGGGGCCGGUGUGAGUAGGACAAAGUAG